AUGGGUGGGCAACCAAACUUCGACUGGGCAGGACUUUUGAGAUGGUCUUCUCAAUAUAUAGAUAGGAGUGAUUCGGCUAACUCGAUAUCACGUUUAGAUCCAGAAAGGUUUGAGUUUUUACAAAAGGCAGUGAAAGAGGCUAUGAAAAAUACUAUAGAUCCUAAUCAGGUGAUGAUUGAAGCAAGAAAUAAGAUAACCUUAAAUGCUAAUGAUGAGGCUGUUGUAUUAUCUGUACUAGUAGCGAUAGAUCGUUGUGUUGAUAUCCCAGACUGUGCAAGAAAUCUGGUGAAAUUAGGCUUAGUAGAACCUCUUUUAAGCUGUCUUUCAAUGAGUGAUGAAAUAAAAUCAUUAUCACUUCAUAUUAUGUCAAAGAGCAUGCAAAAUAAUUUGCCUAUUCAAGAGGGCUUUUCUAACUAUGGAGCUCUAUCUAUAAUAAGGAGACAAAUAUAUAUUGAUGACCAUGAACUAAUACAAUCAAGAGCUUUAGCAGCUUUAGCAGCUCUUCUACGUCAUAAUCAUAAUAUGGAGAUAGCCUUUUUAUCUGAUAAUGGACUAUAUGAUAUUAGUAAAUUAUUAUUAUCGGAACACUUAAAAGUUCGUGAGAAAGCUCUCUCAUUGUUAAAACACUUUAUACUUGAAAAUUUAAUAACCUCAAAAGAUAUACUAUAUGUUAAUAAUGGUCAGAUCAUUGGUACUAUUAUGAAGCUAGUUGAUGAUAAUUCUAAUGGCAUAUUAAAUAUACAAUAUAGUGAAAUUCUUUCUGAAACAUUUUUGCAGGUAAUUAACUGUUGCAAGCUCGAUUUAUCAGAAAAACUAAGGGAUGAAGUUUUGAAAUGCAUACGACGCAGACAAAGUUUUCUAGCAGAUUAUGCAAAAAUACAUCCGGAAGAUGACACUUCACCAGAAGUUAAUUUUCUAAGGGAAUAUGAAGAAAUAUUAGGAAGGAGUACUUAA